AUGGUUCGGUUCGCCAUCCUUUCUGGUUCGCUGAGGUUGUCUUCUACUUCUUUUGUUUCUGGAAGUGGUUCGGUCUCAGGGAGACUCGUGAAGGAUAAGAAAGAGAAGGAGGAAAAAGAAAUCCUCGAAACGUUCAGGAAAGUGGAGGUGAAUAUCCCUUUGCUCGACGUUAUCAAACAAAUCUCUCGCUAUGCAAAAUUUCUCAAAGAAUUGUGUACUAGCAAGAGGAGGUUACUAGGUAACGAAAGAGUAAAUGUAGGAGAAAAUGUCUCCGCAGUACUGCAAAAGAAAGUUCCGCCCAAAUACAAGGACCAAGGUAUGUUUGCUAUUUCUUGUGAGAUAGGUAAUGUAGGCAUUAAGAAAGCCAUGUGUGAUUUAGGGGCUUCCAUUAAUGUUAUGCCUUAUCCUAUUUAUAAGUUGAUUAACGCGGGUCCUUUGAAAAAGACAAGAGCAAUAAUCCAGUUGGCGGACAGGUCAGUCGUCUAUCCCGAAGGGUUGCUUGAAGACAUCCUUGUUAAAGUUAACGAAUUAGUUUCCCCUACAGAUUUCUACAUUAUUAAUAUGGAGGACGAUAACACAACUAAUUCCUGUGACAUUUUACUUGAAAGACCGUUCCUAAGUACCGCAAGCACAAAAAUUGACGUUCGGAGCGGAACACUGACAAUGGAGUUUGACGGCAAAACCGUGAAAUUCAAUGUCUACGAAGCUAUGGGUCAUCCUAACUCACUAUCAAAUAUCUCUAGCAUUGAAACUAUACUUUACAGAAGCAUUGAUAUGGAUGUUUUAAGUCGUCUCGAUGAAUUAUCAAUUAUAAAAGAUCUGUUGCGAGAAAUUGUCAAACACUUAGAGACUCAACCAUCAUCGACGAAUCGAGGUAACCAAUUUGAACUAUUACCUUCCCAAACUAAAAUGUUGCCUUCGAUUUUGCAGCCACCAACCUUGGAGCUUAAAGCAUUACUGGACCACCUCAAGUACGUCUUUUUGGGAGAGAAAGACACUUUACCGGUGAUAGUGUCAAACAAACUAACCAAAGACGAUGAGGAAAGUCUAGUUCAAGUUCUGAGGGAUUAUAAGGAGGCUAUUGGUUGGACAAUAGCCGACAUAAAAGGGCUAAGUCCAUCCACCUGUAUGCACAGAAUUUCCAUCGAAGAUAACACGAAACCAAAAAGAGAUGCUUAG